CUCAAUUUAAGACAAAGGUGAAGAGCGGUUCAGGAUAGCAACCCCAAGUCCACUUCAGGCAACCAAACGAAGGUCUGUGCCCUUGACCUCUUCGUUACUAUUCAUAAUUCUGUCUUCUCCAGUCUCAGAUUCUGUUAAGGUUCAUAGACACAGCAAAGCUUAUUGUACAGGGAUUUUUACUGCGCCUUCCAGACGCGGUAUCAAAUUACACGCUGGGGAAAAUACCCUUGAAAGCCUGCCCACUUCAGCUACCGAGAAGGAAAAUCGGAAGGUUAAACGUAGCAAUUCAGAGUGCCAGACACGUCACCUUUUUGACCCUGGCUAUAAUUUAAGCCCAGUUUACGUUACACCGUGAGAAGUCUGAACUAAUUGUGCAUGUCAAAGCAAGUUCUUCAAGAAGAGAGAGCAAACUACCUUUCCCCUAUUUGAGAGGAGAGAAGGGAGGGAAAGUGGAGCCUCGGCCUCUGGAGAGCUGUGUGCAAGUUUGCUUCUGGCUAAAAGUUAAUGAUCAAUCGCUGUGCUCUCAGCUCCGAGUCCCCAACAAGUGGCUAAUGCGGCUUUUCUCUCGCUCUCCAGAUAAUCUGGAGCCUGCUCUACCUUUCCCUUCACAUUGCCUUCAAAUAUUGCACAUUGACAUAAAGUGACUAGGCUUAACUACUCUACAUACCACUGAAACCUGUUAAAGUGGUCAUCUAACAACAGGUUGUUUUCGUCUCCAGUAGAAGCUCAGAAAUGCCAUCAGAGUCUUCAGUAAAGGCAACGGCGGCGCCGCCUCCAUUCCCACUUCCUCCGGACGGAGGGUGGGGCUGGGUUGUAGUCUGCGCAUCCUUCAUCUCCAUUGGGUUCUCCUAUGCCUUCCCCAAAGCCGUCACGGUAUUCUUCAAUGACAUCAAGGACAUUUUCAAGACCACCUCCAGUCAGAUCGCGUGGAUAUCCUCCAUUAUGCUGGCUGUCAUGUACGCAGGAGGUCCCAUCAGUAGUGUGUUGGUGAAUAACUAUGGCAGCAGGCCUGUGGUGAUAGUAGGAGGAUUACUGUGCUGUACUGGAAUGAUCUUGGCUUCUUUCAGCAGCAGUGUGAUAGAACUUUACCUCACCGUCGGCUUCAUUGGAGGUUUAGGAUUAGCAUUCAACCUGCAACCAGCCUUAACAAUAAUCGGAAAAUACUUCUAUAGGAAGCGACCCCUUGCAAAUGGCUUUGCCAUGGCUGGAAGCCCUGUUUUCUUAAGCACACUGGCUCCCUUCAAUCAGUUCCUAUUUAACAGCUAUGGCUGGAAGGGGAGUUUUUUGAUUUUGGGAGCCAUAUUUUUGCACUCCUGUGUGGCCGGGUGCCUCAUGAGACCUGUCGGGCCAAGUCCACGUGCUGUGAAGUCUAAAAGUAAGGUUGGCUCAAGACAAGAUUCAAGUACGAAGAGACUCAGUAAGGUAUCAACAGCAGAAAAGAUUAAUCGGUUUUUAGAUUUCAGACUUUUUACACAUAGAGGAUUUUUGAUCUACCUGUCUGGAAAUGUUGUGUUGUUUUUAGGGAUGUUUGCCCCUAUUAUAUUCUUGGCUCCGUAUGCUAAGGACAAAGGAGUGGAUGACUAUAAUUCAGCUUUCUUGCUGUCUGUGAUGGCUUUUACCGAUAUGUUUGCUCGGCCUUCGAUAGGAUUAAUAGCCAACACUAGCUUAAUCCGUCCACGAAUCCAGUACUUGUUCAGCGUGGCAAUCAUGUUCACUGGCAUAUGCCAUCUCCUCUGCCCCCUAGCCCAUUCCUACACAGCUUUGGUGGUCUACGUUAUAUUUUUUGGAAUAGGAUUUGGAAGUAUUAGCAGUCUCCUCUUUGAAUGUCUUAUGGACCAGGUUGGAGCCUCCAGGUUCUCCAGUGCUGUGGGGCUCGUCACUAUCGUGGAGUGUUGCCCAGUUCUUUUCGGCCCUCCCCUGGCUGGUAAAUUGCUCGAUAUAACUGGACAAUAUAAAUACCUGUACAUAGCCAGUGGGAUAGUCGUGUUAUCAUCAGGCAUUUACCUACUGAUUUGCAAUGCUAUAAACUAUAGACUUCUCGAGAAGGAAAGGAAGAGAGAGAAAGCAAGGAGGAAGAAAUCAGCCUCGCAGGCAUCCAAAGAAAUGGAGGCUUUGAGCAGAUCUAAACAGGACGAUGUUACUGUGAAAGUUGCCCAUACACACAAUCCCCCCUCAGACAGGGACAAAGAAAGUAGUAUUUAACAAGUCUCAUCUCCGAAUCAGUGUUCACAAAUUCAAUUAUGAGUUUCUUUGUGUUUUGUUUUUUUUCAACGAACUGCAAAGGAUUUUAGCUGCAACAAAAGAUCGCAAACAGUAACGAAACUGGUAUCUUCCUCAAUGACGAACUAAAAAUCAGUGCUUUAAUAUUUGUUAAAGAUGGUUAACUUUUGAGAUUGUGCACAUAGAAAAUCCACACAGCUGCUUAUCUGCACACCAGAGCUGUGAUGAAAAUGAAUUUUUUUUUAAAUCUUCUGCCAACUUUUACUUUUAGCUAUAGAAUGAGAUCUGCAUCCCAGACCCCGGCUGACCUAAGCACAAUUCAACAUUAAUUCCACAUAACUACCCUCUUCAAGGUUCAUUUUUCAUCGGAUACUAAGUCAUGAAGUGAAUUGAAGACAAUCAUUCUUUCUAUUCAACACACAAAGAAUUACACAUGUAGCCACGCAAACACUGAGUAAUGGGAUAUCAUAAAGAAAUAAAUGAAUUUGAAAAAGUUAUUAUCAUAGUCAUUUUUAAGUCAAAGGAAAUAAAACUCUGGAAAGUGGGAAUGUAAUAUAUUUGUGUGCAGUCAUGCAGUGUGGAUUAAAAAUAACAGUCUAUGUUGAAAA